ACCAACUUCUUUGAGUUCUCUUGUAAAUCAACUCUCUUUUUCUGCAUUUCGACAUGGCGGAUGCCGGUGGCUCAGCCGGUACUAGGAGGAUGUGGUGUUCGGUUCCGGAGCGGCUACAGCUGCACGCGGCCAUGUUGGCCCUGCAGUUUGGUUAUGCUGGAUUCCACGUUGUCUCUAGGGCUGCCCUCAAUAUGGGCAUCAGUAAAUUUGUUUUCCCAGUUUAUAGGAACAUCAUUGCCCUGCUUCUGCUCCUUCCAUUUGCUUAUUUUCUUGAAAAAAAGGAAAGGCCAGCCAUUACCUUCAAUUUUCUGUUGCAGUUCUUCCUUCUUGCUAUGGUUGGAAUAACAGCAAAUCAAGGAUUCUACUUGUUGGGACUAGACAACACAUCACCUACCUUUGCGUCUGCAAUUCAAAACUCCGUUCCGGCCAUUACGUUUCUGAUGGCAGCCAUUCUCCAGAUCGAGAAAGUAAAAUGGAACAGAAAAGAUGGAAUCGGGAAGGUUAUAGGAACGGCCUGCUGUGUGGCCGGAGCUUCCGUUAUCACUCUUUACAAGGGUCCGGUGAUAUACAGCCCAGCUCUGCCGCUGCAUAGACCCUCUCCUCCCAUGUUUGUUUCUUUGGGAGAUGCAAAGGGAAAGAACUGGACCCUUGGUUGUAUCUAUCUCAUCGGCCAUUGCCUGUCCUGGUCCGCUUGGCUCGUUUUGCAGGCCCCGGUUCUCAAGAAGUACCCUGCCCGCCUCUCUGUUACCUCGUUUACUUGUUUCUUCGGCCUAAUUCAGUUCUUGAUCAUUGCCGCCUUCGCCGAAAGAGACCCUCAGGCCUGGAUUUUUCACUCCGGCGGCGAACUCUUCACCAUCCUCUACGCGGGGGUGGUGGCAUCAGGGAUAGCAUUCGCUGUACAGAUAUGGUGCAUUGACAGGGGUGGCCCUGUUUUUGUAGCUGUUUAUCAGCCCGUUCAGACUCUUGUCGUCGCUAUUAUGGCUUCCAUUGCUUUGGGGGAAGAAUUCUUCUUAGGAGGGAUAAUCGGGGCAGCGUUGAUCAUAGUGGGACUCUACCUCGUGCUUUGGGGAAAAAGCGAGGAGAAGAAGUUUUUAAUGCAAGAAAAGGCUGUGAUCCAGUCCACUCCGGAGCACGGAAACACCAGGGGAUCAAACCAAAUCAAGACAUCAUCCCUCACUCAACCACUCCUCCCUCCAUCAACGGAAAACGUUUGAUCAUACCCUAACUUUUAACCUUGUUGUUUGGCUAGCUGGAAAAUGGAAGAAAGUGAAGCACAAGUCAUAUAUAUCAGAAAGAUUGUGUGUGCGAGGCGUCUUUUUUUUUUUUUUUUUUCCUUUUUUUUUUUUUGAAAUUUACCCUCUUUUUUGUUCUUUAGUUCUAUAAGAAGGGGUUAAUUUUGGAAGGGGGAUCAUGGAAUGAUGGAGAUGAACAACAUCAUAAUGACCAGUGUCAGUUGUGUGGGCUAUCUGGGGUCAGAAAUCUCAUAUGCUUUCUAUGUUAAUUAGAUUUAUGGUUUGAUUUACGAUAAACGAUAUGUUCAUUA